ACGAAUGAAAAGAGAAUUGUUGAAUUGUGAAAGAAUGUCGUCUUAUUCCUUAUUAUCUCGAAUAGCUUUUCAGUUGAGUCGUAUUCCUAAAACCAUAGAAACUCAGUCCAUUGUAAAGAGACAAUAUCAUGAAAAGGUAGUUGACCACUAUGAAAACCCAAGAAAUGUAGGUUCCUUAGAUAAGAAUGAUAAAUAUGUUGGAACAGGGUUGGUUGGUGCACCAGCUUGUGGAGAUGUUAUGAAGUUACAAAUAAGAGUGGAUGAAACGGGAAAGAUUGUGGAAAGUCGGUUCAAAACUUUCGGUUGUGGUUCUGCCAUAGCGUCAUCUUCUUAUGCCACGGAAUUGAUAAAAGGAAAGACGUUGGAUGAAGCUGGUCAAAUUAGGAAUAGGGAGAUUGCAGAAGAGUUGAAGUUACCACCUGUGAAACUGCACUGUAGUAUGUUGGCUGAAGAUGCCAUUAAAGCAGCUAUCAAGGACUUGGAAAAGAAACGUAAUAAUUCGAAUGUGAAAGUAGCUUGAUUGGAAUAGUUGUAGAGUUGAAUAAAAUAUGUUGUUGUUAUGAUAUAUAAAGAAGUUUCUAGUAGC